AUGGAUUUCCAGAGCUGGCUUGCCUUUCCAGUGGGGAUAUUGCUGUGCUGUGCCCUUCAGACAUCUGCUAUUCAACAUACUGCAUCUCACAACUGCACCAGCGAUGGUCAAAGAACAUCAUUCAGCCACACCUACAAGAUUAACCUGCCCACAUCCUCACAGAUUAAGGUGGAGGCAGAUCCAUUCCAGUAUGAAGACAACAGUGGGGUGCAGCUAUAUCCUGGAGAGGCUGAGGAAAAUGAAGAGCAGAAUAUAAUCUUUAGGCACAACAUCCAUGUGCAUGCACCCAAAGGGGACUGUGAAACUUUGACCCAUGUUAAAGGUCUGCUUGAAAGGAUAGAGAAGCUUGAGAAAGAAAUGGCAGAGCUGAGAAAUGUUUGCAGCCCUGAGAGGUGCUGUGGGGGAAGCCGAGAUGUCUCACAUUGCAGUGGCCAUGGGACAUUCCUCUAUGAGACGUGCAGCUGUAAGUGUGCUGAGGGCUGGGAGGGCAGUGACUGCUCUCACCCCACCUGCCCCAGCCACUGCAGUGGUCAUGGGCACUGCGAUGGUGGGAAGUGUAUCUGUGAUGAGCCUUUCUUCAGUGAGGACUGCAGCCAUCAGCUCUGCCCUGAGAACUGCAGCAGCAAUGGGAUCUGCGACACAGCCAAAGGGGUCUGCCAGUGCUAUGAGGAGUUCACUGGGGAGGACUGCAGUGAGAAACGAUGUCCUGGGGACUGCAGUGGCAAUGGGUUCUGUGACACAGGAGAGUGCUACUGCCACGAUGGCUUCUUUGGCCUUGACUGCUCUCAGGUGCUUGCUCCUCAGAACCUGCAGCUACUGAACUCCACAGAGAACUCUCUGGCUGUCCUCUGGGAUCCAAUGAUUGAUAUAGAUAAUUACCUCAUCAGCUAUUAUCCAGUAGGGUAUGAAACAUUGGUGAAACAAGUCCACAUGCCCAAAGAACAAUUCAUCUGUGAGAUUGUGGGUCUCCAGCCUGGCACCAUGUACAAUAUCACAGUUCAUCAUGUGAAGAAAGGGAUUUCCAGUGAGCCCAAGUAUCUAGAAGCAAGUACAGUUCUAUCUGCGCUCAAUACUAUCUGGAUGACAGAGGAGACGGAGCACUCCCUGGAAGUGGAGUGGGAGAACCCACCAACAGAUGUGGAUUAUUACAAACUGAAGUUCAAAUCCCUGGUGGACAUGGAUGAGAAGCAAGUCAUGGUGCCCAAAAGCAAUGACCCUAAGAGCAGACACAUCAUGACUGGCCUGAAACCUGGUACUGAGUACGAGGUCACUGUCAUACCUGUGAAAGAGAAUAUUGAAGGGAAACCAUCCUCAGUGAGUGGUAGGACUGGAGUUGAUAGCCCAACCAAUGUGGCAACUGAUCAAGUGACAGAAGAUACAGCCACUGUCUCAUGGAAUAAAGUUGAGGCUCCCAUAGACAGGUACAUGGUGAGAUAUACCUCAGCUGAUGGAGACACAAAGGAAAUAAAGGUUGGGAGUGAAAAUGACAUGGUCACUUUACAUGAUCUGGACCCAGGCAUGCAAUAUGUCAUCCACAUCUGGGCAGAGAAGGGGCCCUAUAGGAGCAAGAAGGCAAGCACCAGAGCUGUGACAGAAAUUGACAGCCCAACUGAGCUGCUGACUGACCAAGUCACAGAGGAUGCAAUUACUGUUUCCUGGAACAAAGUCCAAGCUUCAAUAGACAGAUACAGAGUGAGCUACAUCUCAGCUGACAGGGACACAGAGGAGAGAGAGGUGGAGAAAGACAAGGAUGUCACUACUUUGGCAGGACUGAAGCCAGGCAUGGAGUAUGUCAUUUAUGUCUGGGCAGAAAAGGGAAAACAACAGAGCAAGAGGGCCAGCACUGAGGCUGUGACAGAAAUCGACAGCCCGGCUCACCUAGUGAGCGAAGAGGACACAGCAACCAUCUCCUGGGACAGGGUCUAUGCUCCUAUAGAUAGGUACCUGGUGAACUACACCUUUGUUGAUGGUGACACACAGGAGAUAGAAGCGGAAAAGAACAAGAGCACUACGAGACUGACAGGACUGAAACCUGGCAUUGAAUAUGUUGUCUUCCUCUGGGCAGGGAAGGGAACACUUCAGAGCAUGAGGAUCAGCACUGAGGCAGUGACGGAAUUUGACUGCAUAGCUAGGCUGAAGACGGACUGGGUGGCAGAGGACACUGCUAGUGUUUCCUGGGAGGUUGAUCCUCCCAAGAACCUCCAUGUAUCAGAUGUGACUCAUUCUACUGGUGUGGUUGCCUGGACUCCUCCUGCAGCACAGAUUGAUGGCUAUGCACUGACCUACCAGGGUCAAGAUGGCACAAGCAAGGAAGUACAGCUCAGUCCUAAUGAGCAACAGUUUGUGCUGGAGGGACUGGAACAAGGAGUAAGGUAUACUGUCUUUGUGAUGGCCUAUAAGGGAGAUCGUCAGAGCAGAAAGACAGACAGUACCUUCUCAACAGUUAGCUUCCUCUACCCAUACCCCGCAGACUGCAGCCAGCUGCAGCAAAAUGGAAAUACCUCCAGUGGCUUGUAUACCAUUUACCUGAACAGAGAUGGCAGCAGGCCAAUGCAGGUGUACUGUGACAUGACCACUGAUGGAGGCGGGUGGAUAGUGUUUCAGAGGCGGAGCACUGGCGAGGUGGAUUUCUACCAACGCUGGAAAAAUUAUGUGGAAGGCUUUGGAGAUCCCACAGGGGAAUUUUGGCUUGGUCUUGACAAGCUGCACAAUCUCACAAGCAGCAGUCCCAUUCGCUACGAGCUCCGGGUGGAUUUGCAGACACCCAGCGAAUCUGUCUAUGCUGUCUAUGACUUCUUCCAGGUUGCCUCAAGCAGGGACAGAUACAGGCUGUCAGUGGGAAAUUACAGAGGCAAUGCUGGGGAUGCAAUGACCUACCACAAUGGCUGGAAGUUCACAACAUGGGACAGAGACAAUGACGUGGCUCUCAGCAACUGUGCUCUGACACACCAUGGUGCAUGGUGGUACAAGAACUGCCACUUGGCCAACCUCAAUGGGAAAUACGGGGAGAGCAAACACAGCGAGGGUGUGAACUGGGAGCCAUGGAAAGGCCAUGAAUUCUCCAUUCCCUUCACCGAGAUGAAGAUUCGUCCUCAGUCUUCCAGUAAUGAGCCAAUCCUGGGAAGGAAGAAGAGGUCUUUAUUAGGGCAGAGGAAGAAGAUCAGGGCUUAA